CAUAUGAUGUUAUUCUGGAUUCCUGUCAUAACUUAAAGGGAAACUCUCACAAUGUCUGGAGCCCUUGAUGUCCUGCAAAUAAAGGAGGAGGAUGUCCUUAAGUUCCUUGCAGCAGGAAUCCACUUAGGUGGCACCCAUCUUAACUUCCAAAUGGAACUGUACAUCCAUAAAAGGAAAAGUGAUGGCAUCUACAUCAUAAAUCUGAAGAGGACCUGGGAGAAGCUUCUGCUGGAAGCUUGUGCCAUUGUUGCCAUUGAAAACCCCACUGAAGUCUGUGUCAUAUCCUCCAGGAAUACAGGCCAGUGGGCUGUGCUGAAGUUUGCUGCUGCCACUGGAGCCAAUCCAAGUGCUGGCCACUUCACUCCUGGAACCUUCACUAACCAGAGCUAGGCA